CAACGACUCGGCCACAAAAAACAAAAGAGAGAACACCAACAACAAUGUCAGAGGUUGUAGUUUAAAUCUAUUCACUUCCUCCUCUUGGAUCUCCGCUGACAAGCGACAACAAUCUAAAGAUCUUCUGCCGAAACACUCCAAGCCCCUUCUCUUAUCCAGUGCUCCCUUUUGAUCACUCUGAUCUUGGACCAAACUCUGCCAAUAUCAUUUCUCUAUGUGCUUUUACAGCUAAGUCUGUUCCUGAAAGAUGGCACACAUGGAAGAUACAAAUGCAUUCAACCCAGAUUCAAGGUACACGGAACCAGCACACUUCCAUAUUCUCUGAACUCACAUAAAAACUUGUGCUUUCUUGUCUGAAGGGACGUUGCUCAGUUCAUUCUGCCCAUACCGUUUUGGUCCUUUUCUGAAAUUUUGUUCAUAUUAAUGGUGUCUCGUUUUAGUGGGUAUAUAGUUUUAGGAGUUGGGGUUGUGGGUGUUGAGCAUAAGCAGAAACUGGAAUUGAGAUUGGGUUAUUCGGGACUUGUUCUUGACCUGCGUUUAAGGAAUGUUUUGAUUGCUGGGUCUUUUGGAUGAUAAAUAUCAAACAUAAGCGUCUGUGAAUCAUAAUAAGUGUUUGCUUGAGAAAAUGGUUAAACCGUGUUGGAAACCGUCCGUAGUCGGCGAUGGCUCUCGUCGAGGUGGUGAUGCAAGCGGGAGGGUCGAUGGCUUGUUGUGGUAUAAGGAUUUGGGAAACCAUGUUCAUGGGGAGUUCUCAAUGGCUGUAAUGCAGGCCAAUAGCUUGUUGGAGGAUCAAAGCCAACUCGAAUCUGGACCGUUGAGUUCGGCAGGCUCGGGUCCUCAGGGGACCUUCGUUGGAGUAUAUGACGGUCAUGGAGGAACCGAGGCUUCUCGUUUUGUCAAUGACAAUCUUUUCCGCAAUCUCAAAAGAUAUGCAUCUGUGCAUCAGGGCAUAUCAGAAAAUGUUAUCCGAAAAGCUUUCUCGGCAACUGAAGAGGACUUUCUCUCUCUUGUUAAGAACCUAUGGCUUAGUAAGCCACAGAUUGCUUCUGCUGGAACAUGUUGUUUGGUAGGAAUAAUAUGCAACGGACUUCUAUAUGUCGCAAAUGCUGGAGAUUCCCGGGUGGUGUUAGGGCGAGCAGAAAGAGCUAGUAGGGAAGUCACAGCUAUUCAAAUAUCUGCAGAGCACAAUGCAAGUAUAAAAUCAGUAAGAGAGGAACUUCAGUCAAUGCAUCCCCAUGAUUCCCAGAUUGUGUUGUUGAAACACAACGUUUGGCGUGUGAAGGGCCUCAUACAGGUUUCAAGAUCCAUUGGUGAUGCAUAUCUGAAGAAGGCAGAGUUCAAUAGAGAGCCUCUAUUACCUAGAUUUAGACUGCCUGAACCCUUCUUCAAGCCAAUCCUUAGUUCAGAGCCAUCAAUUUCAGUACACAAACUACACCCUGAAGAUCAAUUUCUCAUAUUUGCUUCUGAUGGUCUAUGGGAGCAUCUUACUAACCAGGAGGCCAUCAACAUUGUCAACAAUUACCCACGUAACGGAAUUGCCAGGAGGCUUGUCAAAGCUGCACUUCAAGAAGCAGCUAAGAAAAGAGAGAUGAGGUACGCAGACCUGAAAAAGAUUGAAACAGGGGUGCGGAGACAUUUUCAUGAUGAUAUCACAGUUGUGGUUGUGUUUAUAGAUCCCCAUUCAAUAAGUAGGAUUCCCCACCGCAGUUCUCCUCUUUCAAUUAGAGGAGGUGGAGGAGUCCCAGCUCCUGCCAACUUCUAGUCCAGUGGACCUCUUACUAGAAAAUUCUCUUGAUAUCCUUGUUUGGAAGACUGUUCUCGUCUGAAAUGUCUUACUGCCGCAUAAAUUUCAAGGUUCCCAAAGUGGAGUACUAUGAGAAUUAGCACAUACUUUCCUGGAAGAUUAAGAGUACUGAUGCAGAUGUGUACAAAAAAAUGCAUUGUUUAAUGCAGAUUAAGAUGAGACAUGCACCUUAUCCAUGUAGAUAUAUGUUCUUUUAUUAUUAUUAUUCUCUCAUUCUGUUGUUAUUAUAAAUAGAAUUUGUGUAACCUAUGAGUUUAUGAUUUAUUGUGCAGUCUCAUUCUUGCUUCAGACA